UUCCUGUCAGCGGCCGCGGCGGUGGCGGCGACCGUCAGUUUUCGCUGAGGAGAAGCACGAAACGCACCCUUUGGCUCUUUUCCCCCACCCCCUUCCCCGCCCCGAACGAGUCUCCUACCUCGCCGGGAAUCAGUACCCCCCCACCUUGGAGUUUGUUCUCGAACCCGCAGCCGUUUCUUCGGUCCUCGGCCGGGGUGGAAGUCACUGCCCUCCAGGAGGAGGCGGCAGCAAGCAGCAGCAGCAGCAGCAGCCGCCCUCGCCAGCCGCCCCCGGUUCGGUGCCCGCGGUCCCGGAGAGGAGGUGCCGCCGCCACCGCCGCUCCCCCCCCGCCCUCCCGCUGCCCUCGGGCCGGGCUGGGUCGAGCUGCGAUGCCCUCGGACUUCAUCUCUUUGCUCAGCGCGGACCUAGACCUGGAGUCGCCCAAGUCCCUGUACUCGCGAGAUUCUCUGAAGUUACACCCAUCACAGAAUUUUCAUAGAGCUGGACUAUUGGAAGAAUCUGUCUAUGAUCUACUCCCAAAGGAGUUACAGUUGCCUCCGUCUAGAGAAACAUCUGUAGCAUCCAUGAGUCAGACCAGUGGUGGUGAGGCAGGCUCGCCUCCUCCAGCUGUAGUUGCUGCUGAUGCUUCUUCAGCUCCCUCCUCUUCCUCCAUGGGCGGUGCUUGCAGCUCCUUUACCACCUCUUCCAGCCCUACCAUUUAUUCUACCUCAGUCACCGACAGCAAGGCUAUGCAAGUGGAGGGCUGCUCCUCAGCCGUGGGGGUAAGUAACAGAGGGGUAAGUGAAAAGCAGUUCACCGGUAACACAGUCCAGCAGCAUCCUUCCACACCGAAGAGACACACAGUCUUGUACAUCUCACCACCCCCUGAAGACUUGCUGGAUAACAGUCGGAUGUCCUGCCAGGAUGAGGGAUGUGGACUGGAAUCUGAGCAGAGCUGCAGUAUGUGGAUGGAGGAUUCCCCCUCCAACUUCAGUAACAUGAGCACCAGUUCCUACAAUGAUAACACUGAGGUACCUCGUAAAUCACGAAAACGAAAUCCAAAGCAGAGGCCUGGGAUCAAACGACGAGAUUGUGAAGAAUCCAAUAUGGAUAUAUUUGAUGCCGACAGUGCCAAAGCACCUCACUAUGUGCUUUCUCAGCUUACCACGGACAACAAAGGCAACUCAAAAGCUGGAAAUGGAACCAUGGAAAAUCAAAAAGGAAGUGGAGUAAAGAAGAGCCCUAUGUUGUGUGGACAGUAUCCUGUUAAGAGUGAGGGAAAGGAGCUGAAGAUAGUAGUACAGCCGGAGACCCAGCACCGCGCUCGGUACCUGACAGAGGGCAGUCGUGGCUCAGUGAAAGACAGAACACAGCAGGGUUUUCCGACAGUAAAGCUGGAAGGCCAUAAUGAACCAGUAGUGUUGCAGGUGUUUGUGGGCAAUGACUCUGGUCGAGUGAAACCACAUGGAUUUUAUCAGGCCUGCAGAGUAACUGGACGAAAUACAACUCCCUGCAAAGAAGUGGACAUUGAAGGCACUACUGUUAUAGAAGUUGGCCUUGAUCCUAGCAACAAUAUGACCCUGGCGGUGGACUGUGUAGGAAUAUUAAAAUUGAGGAAUGCUGAUGUUGAAGCCCGAAUAGGAAUUGCUGGUUCCAAGAAAAAAAGCACUCGUGCCAGAUUGGUUUUUCGCGUUAAUAUCAUGAGGAAAGAUGGCUCUACUUUGACUCUACAAACACCCUCUUCUCCAAUUUUGUGUACUCAGCCAGCAGGAGUGCCAGAAAUCUUAAAGAAAAGCUUACAUAGUUGUUCAGUGAAAGGAGAAGAAGAAGUGUUCUUAAUUGGCAAGAAUUUUCUGAAAGGAACUAAAGUUAUUUUUCAAGAAAAUAUGUCUGAUGAAAACUCUUGGAAGUCAGAAGCUGAAAUUGACAUGGAAUUGUUUCAUCAGAAUCAUCUUAUUGUGAAGGUUCCACCAUAUCAUGAUCAACAUAUAACUUUACCUGUAUCUGUGGGAAUAUAUGUAGUGACCAAUGCUGGAAAAUCUCAUGAUGUUCAACCAUUCACUUACACUCCAGACCCAGCAGCAGCUGGUGCUUUGAAUGUAAAUGUGAAGAAGGAAAUAUCUAGUCCAGCGAGACCUUGCUCUUUUGAAGAGGCCAUGAAAGCAAUGAAAACUACUGGAUGUAACUUGGAUAAAGUAAAUAUUCUUCCUAAUGCUCUGAUCACUCCACUGAUAUCAAGCACUAUGAUUAAAAGUGAAGAUGUUACUCCAAUGGAAAUAACAGCAGAAAAAAGAUCUUCUCCUAUUUUUAAGACUACUAAGACAGUUGGAUCAACUCAGCAAACUUUAGAAAAUAUCUCUAAUAUAGCAGGAAAUGCGUCCUUUUCAUCUCCAUCAUCUUCCCAUUUAUCGUCUGAAAAUGAAAAGCAGCAGCAGAUCCAGGCUAAGGCAUACAACCCAGAGACCCUGACGACUAUCCAAACACAGGACAUCUCACAGGCCGGUACUUUUCCAGCAGUUUCUGCCUCUAGUCAGCUGCCCAACAGUGAGGCCUUACUGCAGCAGGCUACACAGUUUCAGACAAGAGAAACCCAAUCUAGAGAAGUGUUACAGUCGGAUGGCACAGUGGUUAAUUUGUCACAACUGACUGAGGCACCACAACAACAGCCACCACUACAAGAACAAGCACAGACUUUACAGCAGCAGAUUUCACCAAAUAUUUUUCCGUCACCAAAUAGUGUGAGUCAGCUACAGAGUACUAUUCAGCAGUUACAAGCAGGAAAUUUUGCAGGCAGUAGUGCUAGUGCCAACAGUGGAAGUGUUGACUUGGUCCAACAAGUUUUAGAGGCACAACAACAGUUAUCUUCAGUUUUAUUUUCUGCUCCAGAUGGUAAUGAGAAUGUUCAAGAACAGCUUAGUGCAGACAUUUUUCAACAAGUCAGUCAAAUUCAAAAUAGCGUAAGCCCUGGAAUAUUCUCCUCAACAGAGCCAACAGUCCAUACCAGGCCAGAUAACUUAAUACCUGGACGAGCUGAAAGUGUUCAUCCACAGUCUGAAAACGCAUUGUCAAGCCAACAACAGCAGCAACAGCAACAGCAAGUGAUGGAGUCGUCGGCUGCAAUGGUGAUGGAGAUGCAACAGAGUAUCUGCCAGGCAGCUGCUCAGAUCCAGUCAGAGCUAUUUCCUUCAACUGCCUCAGCAAGUGGAAACCUUCAGCAGUCGCCUGUUUACCAACAGCCUUCUCAUAUGAUGAGUGCAUUGUCUUCCAGUGAGGACAUGCAGAUGCAGUGUGAAUUGUUUUCUUCUUCUCCUGCAGUUUCAGGAAAUGAAACUUCUACAACCACAACACAGCAGGUUGCAACCCCUGGCACCUCUAUUUUUCAGACAUCAAGUUCGGGAGAUGGAGAAGAAACUGGAGCACAAGCAAAACAGAUUCAGAGCAGUGUCUUUCAGACCAUGGUCCAAAUGCAACAUAAUGGAGACAGUCCAUCUCAAGUUAACCUUUUUCCAUCUACAAAAAGUAUGAUGAGUGUUCAGAAUAGUGGUACCCAGCAACAAAAUAAUGGUUUAUUCCAGCAGAGUAGUGAGAUGAUGUCACUUCAAUCUGGGAAUUUUUUACAGCAGUCUUCUCAUUCACAGGCUCAGCUUUUUCACACUCAGAAUCCUAUUGCCGAUGCUCAGAACCUUUCCCAGGAAGCUCAAGGCUCUAUUUUUCACAGUCCAAAUCCCAUUGUCCAUAGUCAGACUUCCACAAAUUCCUCUGAACAAAUUCAGUCUUCAAUGUUUCACUCUCAAAGCACCAUGACUGUGUUACAGGGCUCUUCAGUUCCUCAGGACCAGCAGUCACCCAACAUAUUUCUUUCCCAAAGUCCUAUGAAUAAUCUUCAAGCUAACACAGUAGCCCAAGAAGAACAGAUUUCAUUUUUUGCAGCCCAGAACUCCAUUUCUCCUCUUCAGUCAACAUCAAACACUGAACAACAAGCUGCUUUCCAACAGCAGACUGCAAUAACACACAUCCAGAAUCCUAUGCUUUCACAGGAACAGACACAAUCUUCCCAACAAAGUUUAUUUCAGCCACAAGUAUCCCUGGGCUCUCUUCCACCUAAUGCAAUGCCUCAGAACCAACAAGGAACAAUUUUCCAGUCACAGCAUUCAAUGGUGGCAAUGCAGAGCAACUCUCCAGCCCAGGAGCAGCAGCAGCAGCAGCAACAGCAGCAAGCACAACAGCAGCAGCAGCAGCAGCAACAGCAGCAAAGCAUGUUGUUCAGCAAUCAAAAUACUAUGGCUGCAAUGGCAUCUCAAAAGCAGCCACCACCAAACAUGAUAUUCAGCCCAAAUCAAAAUCCGAUGGCCAGCCAGGAACAACAGAACCAGGCAAUUUUUCACCAACAAAGCAACAUGGCUCCAAUGAAUCAAGAACAGCAGCCAAUGCAAUUCCAAAAUCAGCCCCCAGUUUCGUCUCUUCAAAACCCAGGUCCCAGCCAGUCUGAAUCACCACAGACCUCCUUGUUCCACAGCUCUCCUCAGAUUCAAUUGGUACAAGGAUCACCAAAUUCCCAAGAACAACAAGUAACACUGUUUCUGUCUCCAGCAUCCAUGUCUGCAUUGCAAACCAGUAUAAACCAACAGGACAUGCAGCAGUCUCCUCUGUAUUCCUCUCAGAACAACUUGCCGGGAAUCCAAGGAGCCACUUCUUCACCUCAGCCACAGGCUCCUUUAUUUCACAACACCGCAGGAGGUACAAUGAACCAAUUACAGAAUUCUCCUGGCUCAUCUCAGCAGACUUCGGGAAUGUUCUUGUUUGGCAUUCAAAAUAACUGUAGUCAGCUUUUAACCUCUGGACCAGCUACAUUGCCAGAUCAAUUGAUGGCCAUAAGUCAGCCAGGCCAACCACAAAACGAGAGCCAGUCACCUGUGACAACACUUCUUUCUCAGCAGAUGCCAGAGAAUUCUCCCCUGGCAUCCUCUCUAAACACCAACCAGAACAUGGAAAAGAUUGAUUUGCUUGUUUCAUUGCAAAACCAAGGGAACAACUUGACUGGCUCAUUUUAACUGGAUAUAAUACUUCAGAAAUUCCUUUGACUUAAGAAUAAAAGAAGCACUGCUAGAGUUUCCUUUGGAGAAGGGUAAGUAGAAGAUUUCAGAAUCAAAUCAUUUAGCCUUCUAUAAGUGUAUCUUCAUCUCAGCGAAUGAAUAGUAGGUCUAAUCUGGAUACUAAAGAAUAUUUUAUUGUCUGUGAGAUUCCUUAGGCACAAAUGGGUAUGGUUAAAGGAGAAGGUAUUGAAAUGAUCUUUUUAGUCUAAAUUAAAAUUGAUUGGAUGAAAAGAAAUCACUAGUUAAAACAUAGUUUGGGUGAGUCCUAGUAGCAUCAGAUUUUCUAAUCAGAAGGGAUGAAGGUAGUUCAUUGCAGUGCAGUGUGCUUGCCUAUCAGAGCCAGUUAAAUAGUGUUAAUAGGAAAUGAAGUUCUGAGUUCUUCCAAACUUGAGAUGAUAAUUAUGUUUGACCAGGUACCAUGAGAAUUGAGUAGCCUUUUGUUUUCUGCUCAUUUUGUUUCUUCUAUAGCUUGCUAGAAGCAAGGUCAGGAUUGUAGUUUCUCGGGGAGAGAGCAGCUUUACCUGUGCAGGUAUUUCUGUGAUUGUUAGUGAGACUGAAGACUACAAACCUAUAUGAACAUUACUAAUAUCCUCUUGAUAUUACGCACUUUAAUCAUUCCAAAGAAACCGAGAAUGCUAUAGAGUGAUAAUUCCUUUUUAAUGAAUACAUUUUAAUUAGCUAUUUGGAAUAAUGUGUCUAUUUACUUUAGAUAGCUCACUUGGCAUGAGCGUUAUGUAUAUUUUCUAAAGUGACUAAAUAGUAGGUUUUAACCCAUUGAAAUGGAGUAAUGAUUGAAUAAGGAAAAAUAAUUACAUUUUGAUAAAUCAUUUUAGGAGGAUUGAAAUAGUGUACUAAUCUAUAUGUUCAAGAGUUAAUUAAAACCAGCCCUCUUCCUAUGUAUUUUGCAUCAUGUAUAUAAGAAUACAUUAUGUAAUUUUUAGUGUGUAGGUUUGUGUGAAUCAGUGUUUCGAAAAUAUGGUCCUCGGUCCACCAGCCAGCAUCAGUGUUGUCUGGGAACCAGUAAGAAAAGCACUCUUGGUCCCUGUCCUAGACAGACUGAAACAGGAACUCUGGUGGAGCCCAGCCGUCCAUGUUUUAAUAAGCUAUCCAGGUGAUGUUGAUGCAAUAGUGUAAAGUCACACAGUGGGACUAUAUCAUUUCAGCUUAACGUGGUUAUCCAUAAUCAUUUAUUGACAAUAGUAGUUUAUUGUCAGUACUUUCAGUACACGUGUGGUUAAUCUAGUUACUGAUAACUCAAUUAAAUUACUUUGACAUUUAACGAAAAAAUUCACAUUAGAUAACUGAUUUAAAUAUGUAUGUACAAUGUUCUAUGUUGCUUUUAAUUAUUUUAAUACUUAAUUAGCUAGUGUAAUUGAUGGGUGCUAAAGUUCCCUGUUAUCCCUAAAAUGGGUAUAUUGUGAGCAGUGUAAUUUAAGCUUUCUUGGCAUUGCCUUUUUAUUUCACCAGCCAACCACAGAUUUUCUCUGGCUGAUUCAAGCCUCAGAACAAAACUAUCCUUCCUUGUAUUUGCAUGUGUAUCUGAGAGGCAGCAGGAUGGCUAGCCAGGUUGACAAUGCACCUUAUUCCUUUUUUCAGUAGGCAGAACUUCUGUAAAAGUAGCUUGCAUAACUAAGAACUGUGGCAGUAGGGAUGUAACUGUUCUUGGAGCUUAUGCUUCAGACCUGAAUUACUUACUAAAAUAUCAAGUAAGGUAAUAUAUAAUUUGGGAAUUUUUCACAAUAAAUACACAGCCAUAAAAUAAGUAGACUCACACAUUUGUUUUUACUUCCUUGUGUAAAUUGGUUACCUCCGUAACUAUUCUUAUCUUCCUCCCAUAAUUUGUACAUCAGUAGUUCAGAAAAAAAAGUCAACUUUCAGAAUAAAAACAAAUGUCUAGUCACUUUAUUAAAAUCACCUCUUCUGUCUCUUCAUGCUGGCAGUGAAAAUGUAUGUGGCUUGCUCUACAGACUUCACAAACUUUGGUGCUGGCAAAUACACAGGCAAGCUGUUGGCAGAUAUUCUGAUGACAUUCCUCCGCCUUCCUGAAUUCCUUUCCCUCACUUCACUGUAAAAUUAAUAUAUUCCUAUUCUACCACAAAAUCAUUCUACCACAAUUCUGUUCAACUCUAACUUACAAUACCUCCUUUUAAAAUUCCAUGUUGUAAUCAGAUCAGCCCUGUCUGUGCACUCACAUGUUGGCAUAGGCCCUCAUAUCAUAUGCAUCCCCUCUCU